AAAUGAUCAAGUUUGGAACAAGAGUGUUUUGCAAAAGCAACCUAGUCUCACAAUCUAAACCUUUAAGGAUAAUGAGAGUUAAGUCAUUAUGUAGAACAAGCACUAGAAGAGCUUUUAUGAACUUGUCUGUAGACAGAAAUUCUUCUUUAAGUUCAUGAUUUAGCAGGAAUUCGAAAUACCCAUCAACUCUUUUUAAAAUGCUGCCAUCUCGAAAUUUUAGCAUUGAUGAGAGAAACCCUAUUGAAUAUAUGAAAGACUAUGACCUCAGGAACUUCGACACCCUUGAAGAUAUCGAACAGGAAUUAGAAGAAAUAAAUACUCAGUUAAAAGAGUUUGAAGGUAAAAUUAAAGAUCCUGAAAUUCCAAAGAAAUAUUUAAAAGAAUUAAUCGUCAAAAUGAGAAGGAUGAGAACCCCUCCUCUCAGUGAAUUUGCUCUCGCUCUUAAUCAUUGAGUGGAGAAGGUUGGAAUCUUAGAGCCCUUCCAAGAAAUAUGGACUCUACUUGAGAGGCUCAGCUACGGCUCAAUUUCCUUUCUUUCAGGAGAAAGUACAGUAAACCUUGUGUAUUAUUUCUGUAAAUUCAGACAAACUUCCAAAAUAUUUUGGAGUAGGUUUGACUCUAAGCUACUGAAUGAUAUCCAAAGUAUCAAAAAUACAGAGACUUUGGCACUGCUACUCUUUGCCUUAGUCAUGGAUAGUAGAGAUAACCAAGCUCUCUACCAAACCGUCUUGAGCAAGAUAAAUGAUCAUAUUGAUACAGCUGAGAGUAAAGAUUGAUUCUAUAUUGCAGUUGCUUUGUCAAAAAACUUGAUCGAACCAAAUAGGAUUCCUUCAGACCUACUGUAUAAUCUGUACCUGACCACAGUACAGUUCAUUGAGGAGUACAAUCUAUCAGACUUAUCUCAUUUCUUAAUUCUCUUCUGCUCUCCAAUUGCCAAUGAUAAAAUUCCUGAAGACUUUUGGCAGAAAGUUGUUGAACCCCAAUUAAUCCAAGCAAUGGAAGAUUUCGAAGCUCAUAAGGAACAUAUCAAUAUAGAACUCUUCCUUGACGAUUACAUUAAAUGCCUAAUGGGUGUUGCAAUGUCUGGACAGAUUCAUGAAGAAUUUUGAAAUGAUUCUUUAGAGAUGAUUAUCACUAACCUAGAUGAGUGAAACAAUCACACUAUAGAAAACCUAAUUUACACUUUAGUAAGAUCAAAGAUUGAUGAGAAUGAAGUCUGGAACCAUCUCAUAGAUCAAGUUAUCAAAAGACAACUCAUCAUUGAUGAUGAGAUUAACGAAUUCUGUUUCUUACUUGGCAUGAUGGAUAAUAAAAUCGAUAAUAAGGAGCUGUGGGAUCACUUAGAUAAAAAGUUUACUAAAAUCUCAAAGAGCCCAGAAGAAUACCCUGUAGACCUCAUAGCUCUAUAUGCCAGUUGUUUAUCACAUAUUAAAACACCUGAAGAGCAGAAAGAAAUGUGGGAUAUUGUUGAGAAAGUUACGAAGAAUCAGCAGACUGAGUAAAUCCUUUCAAUCA